AUGACCUCAGACGAGAUCCAAGACUUGCUCAACAGGCUACAGGCACCCAUCGAUGAUGUCGACGCACUUUUGGGAUAUCUGACCGCGCCAUUGGAAAGCAUUGGUCUCUUGCCUCCGCUGUUCAAACAAUUCAAUGUCCAGCCUCUCCCUCCUAGCUCAUUCAAAGUCUCCAAACAUCUAGUGCGAUUCCAACGCCUAAUCCUGCAACACGUCUUCCCAACAUGGGACAGCGCUCUGAAACGCAAGAAAGCGAUAGUUCUGGCCGAGCAAUACUUUUGUCCGGACCUCUUCUGCAAUGCGCUUCCUGUUUCCGGAGAGGUAGCCUUGAUUGCCCAUUCCACCCUUCUUUCCUCGCCCCUAUCUCUACACGCCAUCGGGCUACUUGAACGGCUGGCCAACGAAUAUCCUCUGGACAGACUCUACGAUACUAUCUUUAUACAAAAUCAGCAACCCUCGCAAGAAAAAGAACUCGCAUGGAACGACUGUGUCCGGAACCUAGUCAUGGUCCCUUCCAAGGUCGCCAACGCCAUCGGACUGGACGGAACCAUACCUUCUCCACUGGAGAAUGGAACGUACUUCAAUCGGAUGGGUGUUCGGUUGGAAAAGUUGAUUGCAAGGCUGUCGAGGGAGAAGAAAGGCCGACAAGCAUCGAUCCAAGCUCUCUCCUACCUCCUCAACAAACUCGUCAAUGUUGGAUUAUUCCCCUCCAGUCCACCAAUAUCCCGAACACAGCCAUCGUUCUUCCAGGCGACUCUCGCGACGAUCAGGUCCAAAGUCCAUUCGGAAGGCGAAAAGGCGUAUUUCGAGUAUUGGAACGAACUCCUCGAUAGCUUGCCAUCGAGUUUAUCUCUCCAGUCGAUUUUAGUGUCGCUUUUUGCGUCGUUGGAGGGUAUCCACCCGCCAAUGGGCAAUUCCCCGGUACAAAGAGGGAAGAUACGAGAGGAAGCUAUCUUGCUUUCUAAACUCCUGGGCAUCGUCCGUCCCGCCAAACAGGAACUAUGGGAGAUUUCGACAAGUUUAAUCCUGUCAAGGAACUGGUCAUUGGCGCAUGCUCGGAUAUUCGUUUGCUGGGUAUCGGCAGCUGCGUUGGGAGGACCAUUGGAUGUUGAAACUCUCGACGUGUUCAUGCAAGCGGUUCUCGGUCUAUGGUCUUCGACUGAACAUGUCAAACAUUCGUUGCUAUCCCAGCACCAGUAUGCAAGCACGCUUCUCCUCCUUUCUGCAUCUUACUUCCUCCCCAACUCCCCUCCCAUCAAUGCCCUGACAUUCUCCUCACUCUUCAUUGACGGGAUCACCAAAUACCUCUCCCACCAAGACACGGCAAUCCGCCACUGUGGAAUGCUGGUAGCUGAAGAAACGGCGCGUAUGUGCAACAAGAAACUCGAUUUCGGCGGAUGGGAGGGUGACGAUGCGGGGAGACCGUGGGCUCGUUCUUUGCGCGAAUUGAUUCGUGCACGGGACGUCGAUGCUGAACUCGAUGUCCCUGAAGAAGCCCUCGUGGAAGAUGUGGAAGUCGAAGAACUUACGACUGCUGCAGCGGCCCAGUCUCUCGCCGACCAAGAAGUUCACGUUGAUAGCGACCAGGUCAAUUUCGCAACACCGGUGGGAUACGACUCGGACGAUUCCCUCACAGGCUACGCUUCAGACGCGUCAUCUGAAUCUUCCUCUCCCGAUCUAGAGGAACUGGCCGAAAUCGAGAAGGACCCGACACUGAAUAUCGGGAAAAAGAAGGUUGCCAGACCCGUGUAUCUCAAGCAGCUCGGGGAUAUGCUGAGGGGAGGUGUCAAGCAAUCUUCGCCUGACGAUCCACAGGAAGUGGAUAGGCUGGAAAUGGGUCUGAAUUGUGCGGAGGAGUUGAUUCGGAAAAAGGCUUCAUAUGGAACGGAACUCGCUGAAAAUGCGGUCAACUUGGUAUACGCCUUGCUAUCGCUCAAUGACAACUAUGACUUGCCAGGGUUCUCGUCGAAGCGGCAAGGUGCAAUGAACGCUCUGGUGGCGUGUGCCCCUCGUCAGGCUGCUCCAUCGCUCAUCGAAGAGUUUUUCAAGAAUCAGUAUUCUGCAGACCAGAGAUAUGUUGCCCUGAACGCUCUGGCUAUGGGAGCUCGGGAACUGGCAUCUCUGCCUAUCCCGGAAAGCACAGCGCCCGCGGCUCGCGUCGAAUUCCCAAGCAAAAUGUUACCCCCGUCAAUGCACCGCAGAUACAUUGCUGCCAGUCAAGCCGACAGGGAACUCGUCCCACUUCUUAUGGACACCAUCAGCCGCAGCGCCAUCGAACAACAGCGACAAUCCGACGCAGCCAAUAGAGAGCCAACGAUUGUUCGAGAAAAGGCUCUUAGAAUCAAGAAAGCGGCACCCAUUUCCGAAGCGACGAAGCGAGACAGGCUUGGUCUCGCGAUUUCGCCACCCAAGAAAACAACUUUCACCCAGGUCGCCGCAGAGUUCUUCAUUGCGCCGUUGGUCAACCGGUUCUGGCUUUUCCUCCGAGAAGAGCAGACGAGGGAACAGAGAACGGCGCAUCUCGAAGGGCGGUCAAAGUAUAGAGGUGCAGGGACGGGGUUGAUUUUGAAUCCUCUGAUUCUUUCGCACUUCCUGCGAACGCUUGGGAUCCUCGUCAACGCCUCGCAAAAUGCACCAGAGUGGCUGGCCAUUAUUGCACCGGACACACUCGAGCUGGCCGUCAGCCUGGGUACUCGUCCAAUAAGUGCCAGCGAAACUGAAGACGACGAAGAGGAGGGGACAAAGGAGGAGAAAGAAGCUUCAGUGAUCUCUUCCGCGUUGGAGCUAUCGUUGGUUAUCCUCGACGGCUGCCUCAUCGUUGAUGAUGGACGAACGCUGGGUCUGGAACACACCACAUUGCUGCUCGGUGUGCAGGAAUGGGCGGGAAAGAUUUUUGAGAGUCUCGAGCAGGGCUUGAAGAUAUCGGGUGGAGGAGGGAUGCAGGAAGCCCGGAUCAGAAGCACCACGGCAGGGGUAUUGCUCAAAGUCGACGAGAUAAUAAGCCGUUGGAAGAGGUCGAUGUUAGACUGGCGAUAG